GAUGUAGUAGCUGUGUAAAAAUAAUAAUAAAUAGUAUUAAAAGUAACAGUUGAAGUGAUAACGCUUGUAACAUUUUAGUAUCUGUACACCAAAAUUCUAUUUGUUUAGUGUGACAAGCAAAGUAGUUAUUGGCUAAAAUUGUGAAAUUAAAUCGUAUAUCACUGUGAUUGUUUACCUAAACAAAUAGUUUGUUUUCACAAUAGUAUUAAAACUUGCAACUGCAGAAUUUAUAUAGUUUUGUACGUAGCCCUUAAGUUUUGCAAGGAGAUUGAACAUUAUCUAGGUAUUGUAUCUGUCACGAUACAUCAUCAUACUUCGCGCGGGUGUGAGCGGUGACGACUUGAUUGACACCCGACGGGACUGUCAUUUAAGAAUUUGUUUUUCAGAUUUUCUAUAGACAUUGGAUGUUUCAGGGAACAUGGAUUUCAUUUCACUGCUCUGCUAUUUCAUUCUGCUGUACCUGGCUGUUCAGGUUGUACGGUUCAUUGUGGCUGAUGCAGAUCUAUCUUUGAUGUGGGCUGAGUUCUUUGGUCAGAAACCAGAGAAAAAACUGUCAGAUGCAGUUGUCUGGAUAACAGGAGCUUCAAGUGGAAUUGGAGAAGAGUUAGCAUACCAGCUUGCUAAAAUAGGAGCUAAACUUGUCCUGUCGGCCAGGAGAAAAAAUGAGUUGGAGAGAGUCAAGCAAAGAUGCCUUGAUUGAUGUUUUAGUGAAUAAUGCUGGACGAUCUCAGCGCUCUCUUUUUGUGGACACUCAAGUCGAUGUUUAUAAAGCUAUAAUGGAUUUAAAUUACUUGGGCACAGUUUCCAUUACUAAAAAUGUUUUAUCACAUAUGAUGGAAAAGAGGAAAGGACAAAUUGUUAACUUAAGUAGCCUGGUGGGAAUUGUAGCUGCUCCCCUGUCAUCGGGUUAUUCUGCAAGUAAGCAUGCCCUUCAUGGUUUUUUUGACUCAUUAACUGCUGAGCUUUUGGAAUAUCCAGAAAUUAACAUAGUGAACAUUUGCCCAGGACCUGUUCAGUCUUCAAUUGUGAAAAAUGCAUUUUGUGAAGAUGUUUCAAAGGUAUUUGAAACCUGUACUGAUCAGUUACACAAAAUGCCCACAGCUCGUUGUGUCCGACUAAUGCUCGUCGGUAUGGCCAAUAACCUUCCAGAGAUCUGGAUUUCUGAUCAACCGUAUUUGUUUGUAUGCUACCUGUGGCAAUAUGCACCCACUUGGGGCAGAUGGCUAUUGAACAAAAUGUCAAAGAGAAGAAUUCUGAAUUUUAAAAGUGGAUUGGAUGCAGAUGUCGCAUAUUUUACUAAACUAAAGACUCAUUAAUUUCCCAAUUAUCCUACUGUGACAUCAGAGGAACAACUAUAGUGUUGCUGUAAUACUGCCACAGUGUGUUAUUGCUGUGUCAAAGAAGAAUGAGCUACACAAGCUGAAAUUUGAAUGAGAAUACUUUGCUCAAGAUUAUUUUGAAAACAAGUCAUUACACUGCAACCAGUGACAAAAACUGGGAAUAUUUUAUUAAGCACAUAAUGAAAUAAUUUGGAAUAUGUUAAGGUAAAUAAAAUUUUGACAUGAAUAUGUUAAGAAUACAUGAAGACAUAAUUUUGAAA